AUGCCGUCUCAACGCGUCUUCGCACUGCCGAGGCAGCAAUCUCUGCUGCUGCCUGCAGUCAUCAACCCAUUUGUGCAGGACACCAAACUCUCCAAGGCCACCAUAAUCAAAUGUUUCCUCCAGGGAAUCGUCCUGGUUCCUCUUCGAGCCAUUCUCAUCUCAUUGGUCCUCAUGGUGACCUGGCCUGUGGCUGUCAUUAUCACCUUUAAGCAUCCUUUGAAGGGAGCAGUGGCACCAAUGACAGGAUGGAGAAGACUAAUGUGUCAGAGUGUAAUGGCCGCCCUGGGACGAGCAUACUACUUCUGCAUGGGCUUCCGUGUGGUGGUCAAGGGCAAGCAGGUGGGCAGUGGUGAAGCCCCCAUCCUUGCAGUGGCCCCUCACUCCACCUUCUUUGACGGUAUCGUGUGCAUCGUUGCUGGACUGCCCUCCACUGUGUCCCGAGUGGAGAAUUUGGCCACACCCAUAUUUGGCAGGUUUGUACGCUGCCUCCAGCCAGUGUUGGUGUCCAGAAAAGACCCUGACUCUCGGAAGAACACAAUCCAAGAGAUAGUCGGGAGAGCAAAGUCGGGAGGCCGCUGGCCCCAGGUUUUGAUAUUUCCUGAGGGGACCUGUACAAAUCGCUCAUGUCUCAUCACAUUCAAACAAGGUGCCUUUAUUCCAGGUGUACCUGUGCAGCCUGUGAUUUUGAGAUACCCCAAUAAAAUAGAUACAGUCACAUGGACCUGGCAAGGUUUCAGCUCGAGGACCCUCCUACUUCUAACCUUGUGUCAGCUCUACACCACAGUGGAAAUUGAGUUUCUGCCACCUCACAUUCCCACAGAGGAGGAGAAGAAAAGUCCUGCUUUGCUCGCUAGCAAAGUGAGAGACAUCAUGGCCAAGGCGUUGGGUGUCCCUGUGACGGACCACACCUAUGAAGACUGCCGCCUGAUGAUCUCUGCCGGCGAGUUGACCCUGCCCAUGGAGGCUGGCCUGGUUGAAUUCACCAAAAUCAGCCGCAAACUGAACAUCAAGUGGGACAACGUAAGGAAGGAAUUGGAUGGCUUCGCUGCCAUGGCCAGCUCUUGCAAAGGGGGACGGAUCACCAUCAAGGAGUUUGCUAGCUUCCUCAAGCUCCCCGUCAACCCUGCCCUGGAGGAGCUGUUUGCGCUCUUCGACAGGAAUGGAGAUGGCACCAUAGAUUUCAGAGAGUAUGUCAUUGGAGUGACCAUCUUGUGUCGACCUGCUAACACUGAAGAAGUGCUGCGCAUGGCAUUCCGGCUAUUUGACAUUGAUGAGGAUGAGAAAAUCACACGGGAGGAGUUCACGGCGCUGCUGCGCUCAGCUUUGGGCGUAUCCGAUCUCAACAUGGCCAAACUUUUCAAAGAAAUUGACGCAGACGGCUCGGGUUUCAUCACGUUCAGUGAGUUUCAAGCGUUCGCCAUGACCCAUCCGGAGUACGCCAAGCUCUUCACCACCUAUCUGGAACUACAGCGGUACCAGGCCAUACAGGAGGCAACGCCUGGAGAGCUGCAGCUAAGCGGUUCGGGUGAGAAUCAGGAAGACAGCACCUCGGACAAGAAGGAAGACUAA